AUGCCCAAGGCAUCUUCCGUCAACGCGUGGGUCGGUGCGCCUCCCGUCUCUGAAGGCGCCUUUGCAUUUGCUCACGGGGACUUCUUUGCCGAAGCCUCAGGCCAGAACAGGCAUCGUCGCGCGACGCCACAGGAGCUCAAGACGCAUUUCACCUCGGGCAAUGACAAGGAUCAUCCUGCGCACUGGUUUGAAGCACAGCUCAUUCACUAUGGCCUUCAGCCGUCAAAGACAAAGUCGGUAGCUCGCAUGCGAUUGUUUGAUGCUAUGAAUGCGGGGAAUCUCAAGGUGCCGGCGGAUGUGACAAAGAUUGAGGGCAAGCUGAAGAAGGAGUGGACAAAAAAUGACCGGGAGGCUAAGAAAGCAUCCAAGGCUGCUUCUUCAACACCGGCAAAGGCUGCGGGUGCCAAGAGAAAAGCUGACGAUGAUGCUGGUCCCUCGAAGAAGGCAAAGACGACUACCACCAAGGUCACGACCACAACCAAGACGACCACAACUACGAAGACGACAACCACCAAAGCUUCUACUUCCAAGGCGUCUGCUGCCAAGGCUCCUUCUGCCACGCCUGAAAAGAAGCAAACUGCCCGCCGAGGCGGUGCCUCCUCCACACCUGGUCGAAGCACACCCGCCACCUCCCAGUCGUCAGCUCCCCGCGAGCGAAUGGCCCGUCGAGGCGGCAUAUCCCAAGGACCAACCCGCGCAUCAAGACAGGAUUCACCAGAAAGCCCUCCUCGGAAGAAGCAGACGGCCCGACGCAGCAAUGCCUUCAUGGCACGGGGACGCAUCGAGGCUCCCCCACACCGGUCUUCUGGCUACGACUUUGACGCUCCUCCUCCCUACUCGCAGUACCCAGAAGAUGGCGGCUACUGUUCAGAUGACUGCUCUCCUCAUGGUGGAUAUCAAUCUCACAGCGAUAACUACGAUAACGACGGCUAUGAUGACGGCUACGAGGAUGAAGCCAGUCUCGCGCCUCUUGGCCUUCUCAACGGCGACUAUGAAGUUGAUUCAGAAGACGUCACUAGCCAGUGGGACUACUAUCACCCAGACGACUUUGGGCUGACCCUCACGCUUUCCGGCUCCUCUCUGUGGGGACGCUUCAACUUUGGAAUCUACGAAGGCGUCUUCUUCAUUGAGGACCGCCCGAUGAGAUCAUCCCACGACAAGGUAUGGUUCAAGUGGCGCGGACGUGAAGACCAGGGACCCAUCAUGUACGGCGACCGAAACAACGGCUGGAUCAAGUUCCUGGGCGAUGGUCGGAUCGAGGGGUUCCUAGACGCGCAGUCUCUUUCUUUCCAAGGCCGCCGAUUUCCGGAUCAGCCGACGAGGAGCAGGAUUGAUGCGCGCAGCAUGAAGGAUGAGUUUGAUGGGUACUCUGAGGAUGAGUAUGAACGCGAGAACCGGGCUCGCUGGUGA